CAACAACGGAUAUGGGCUGCACAGUCAGCCAUGGGCUGUCUGCCGAGGACGUGGAGGCAUACGAAACGUGCUCGUUCUUCACGGCGACGGAGGUGAUACAAGCCCUGCAGAUAUUUGUCACCAUUGCCAACAACCCAAAGUGCGAUGACCCAAAGUCCAUCACCCUUCCUUCAGCCACGGUGGCCAAGUGGCGUGGCUUGUGUCACAACCCGUUUGCCAGACGGAUAUGUGACGUGUUCAGCGACGACGAUGGCGAGUUUAGCUUUGACGAGUUCCUCGACAUGCUUUCCGUCUUUUCAGAGCACGCCCCAAAAGACGUCAAAGCCACAUACGCCUUUCGUAUUUAUGGUGCGUACACACAUGUGUGAUGUGAUGUGUGUGAUGUGAUAUGUGUGUGGUUGAUACCGUUGUCCUUCCGUGUGCCGAUCUCUCUUUCUCUCUGUGUUUUCUCGCUCACUCACACACACACACACUCACUCACUCACUCACCCGUACAUACGCACACGCACACACACACACACACAC